GGGGGAGAUACGAAGAUUAGAGAGGGGUAAUGGGUGUCGCAAUUGAACAUCUAUAAAGUCACCACAUGUAUAUUACAGCCAUUCACAGAUUUGGAAUUGCAGACUAUAGACCAAGUUGAAACAAAAAACACUAAAUCAAACCACCAGAAAGCAAUCAUGGGCAAAGUACUGUUGACUGGAGGCAGUGGCUUCAUUGCCGCUCACACCCUCGAUGUGUUGCUCAAUCAUGGCUUCGCGGUUGUGACCACUGUUCGAUCCGACCAGAAGGGACAAAAAAUCCUACAGGCGCAUCCCAGCACACCCAAGGAAAAGCUAUCGUACGUUAUUGUUGAGGAUGUAGCGCAGGAGGGUGCAUUCGAUGAGGCUGUCAAAUCCAGCCCACCCUUCGACUAUGUCCUUCACACCGCAUCUCCGUUCCACUAUAAUGUCCAGGAUCCUGUCAAGGACUUUUUGGACCCCGCAAUCAAGGGAACAACGGGCAUCUUGAAGGCCAUCAAAGCUUAUGCCCCCACUGUGAAAAGAGUGGUUAUCACAUCUUCUUUCGCCGCCAUGACCAACGUCAAGAAGCACCCAAAGGUCUAUAGCGAGGAGGUUUGGAAUCCUGUAACAUGGGAGGAGGCACUGCAUCCUUCCCAAACCUACAGGGGAAGUAAGACAUUUGCAGAGAAGGCUGCUUGGGAGUUCGUCGAGAAGGAGAAGCCAAACUUCGAUCUUGCAACAAUCAAUCCUCCCCUCGUCAUGGGCCCAGUCGUUCACUACCUGAACUCACUUGAUGCUAUUAACACCUCCAACGGACGUAUCAGUAAUAUAGUGCGAGGUCUUUCCAAAGACGCCACCCCCCCAACGGCCACAUUCCUUUGGGUAGAUGUCCGAGACGUUGCACUAGCUCACGUUCGAGCUAUUGAGGUCCCAGAAGCUGGUGGCAAUAGGUUUUUUAUCACUGCUGGAAAUUAUGCGACGAAGGAUAUCGUCGAUAUUAUCCGGAAGUCUUUCCCCGAGCUUGAGGAUAGGCUACCCCCAAAGACAGACCCCAGUGACUUGCCAGAUGAUGUGUAUGGAUAUGAUAACUCAAAAUCUAUCCGGGUUCUAGGAAUUAAGUAUCACACUUUGAAGGAAGCAGUGGUUGACGCUGUGAAAUCAUUGUUGGCCAUUGGUGCGUAAACUGGACGGGAUUCUUUAGAUAGCAUAUAGAAAGAAAUAUAAUCC